UCGAAAAUGAAACAGACCAACCAUCUGGUCCUAAAGAAUGCAAUGGAAAUUCCUUUCUCGGAUAACAUACGAUAAGAAGAUCAUUAUGUAUAAAAGUGGCCACAGAGCUAAUGAAAACUGACCGAACCUUGGAGCAGGUGGUAUGUUGAUGCCAAGGUGGACUUGAAUCAUGCUUAUUAAAAUGAAAUGGACACUGGUCUACUUCACUUUGAGCCUGGCAGUCGUCGGUGUGUACAGUGACACGACGGUGACGAUCCACCCUCAGUGGCUGGCACAGGGAGGUAGUGCUCGCUACGACAGCAAUAGGUGGAACAAGCACAAUAGCCUGGAUCAAGAAGACAUCAUUCCCAAAUGUCGGAACCUUCGGACUGACGCUGGGCGCUGGAAUAACAAUGGCCUUUCGUAUCAGCUCUUCGCAGAUUGGCCUGAGGACCCAAAUCGUAGAGGCUACCCAGAUCCCAACUACUUGAAGAAUGCCACCAAACAGAAGGAAGUGUUUUCCUUAUACCUUGAUAAUAUUAACAGUGGUUAUGAGAACGACGUGAUCAUGAUGUCAGAAGGUCUGGGUAUUUACCCGAGUUGGCUGAACCAGUCUGAGCAUGCAGGUCAGUUCCCAAACAACGUUGAUGCUGCUGCAGAGUUCAUGAUGUUGAUGGUGCAAGGAGUUUACGACUUCACCAACGGACGGAUCCCACCCUACAUUGAACCUAUGAAUGAACCAGACCCCAAAUCAAGCAUCUUGAAUUUCACAACUGUUGCCCUAUUCCACAAAUUAGUUGCGGAGAAGCUCCAUUCAAGAUUUAACAUGAAGGUUGCUGGUCCUACACUCGACGGUUUCGCCAGAAGUUCAGAUCAAAACAACUUUACCAACUGGAAAGCAAUUUCAAAUUUCAUGGACGUCACUCGAGGCUAUUUGGACGUGUUUUCCUUUCAUUCGUACAACUCACUUAUUGUUUCUGGAAAAUCUCACAAGUUUACAGGCAUGAACGAAGCGCGAUUAGUAGCAUUUGUCGACUUGGUUGAAAGUUAUGCCUAUCUGAAAACAGGGAAGCUUUUACCGCUUGUAAUCAGUGAAUAUGGUCGCGACAUGGUGGAAGGAAUGAACAGAACUACUCUAUCACCAAUAGUGGAUUUUGCAACAAUUUACCAUUCUAAUGCCCACCGAUUCACUCAGCUUGGUCUCCGGGAGUACAUUGACAGGGCAGUGGUAUUUCUUUUAGCCCAAGUAGGAAAUCUAUAUAACAACUGGUCACUGUUCACUCGCGAAGGACAACCCAGAAGUAUCAUCGACGUAUACGAGUUUUGGUACAAAUUCAACUCAGACUAUUCCUUUAUCAGAACUACCAGCCAGUAUGAUGGAGAAGAACGAAUCGUUUCACCGUUAGCAAUGUCAAGUCCGCUGAAUAAUGAAACAGUCAUUCUUUUGCACAGCUAUUCUCAAAAAUCACAGGCUGUCAAGGUCGACUUUGAAGACGGCUGGAUCAAACCAACCACGGGAGAAGCUACCUGUGUCACCAUAAAGGACAACUGGUACCCAGUCAUCACCUUCAAUAACACAGUUGACAUCCAGAAGACAAAAGGAAUUAUUGAGCUUCCUCCUGAAGCAUCAUGUCACUUUACAUUCAAGACCCCCUCAGAUCAACUACCAAGAGUCACAUUCAAUGAAACAACAUUCUACGGAUCUGAUAUACUUAUUCCAGUCAAGGGCAAUGUUGCCAUGACAGAAAUAUAUCUACCAAGAGCACAAUAUCACAGCGCUAGACUGAGAGUUGCAGCCAGUUGGCCGGACAAUGAAACAAACAGUAUAUCAUAUCUUACCUUUAACGACCACCGCCUUGACUCUUUCUAUCAGCUGUAUGAUGCCAAUAUGAUUAAAAGCACAACCUACUGGGAGGUUUGGGAGUUCGUAGUCCCUACCUCCCUGUUUGACACUGGGGCUAACCAGGUACAGGUUCACUUCUCAAACAGCAUGACAGCAGGACAUGUUUCGUCAGUUGCUCUUGUUACUGCUCAACUCAUUCCUUCUGAUUUGAAGUGACGGUAAUGACAAACCCGUCAAAUUGGACAUCAGGAAACAAAUUCCAUAAAUAAAUCAUUGUUGUUACUUAAGACCAAAUGUUUGUGCUUGAAGUGUUGUCCUCAUCCUGAAUACUAUAAUAUUAAUCACCAUUAGGUUAAUAUGGUCUGCGUUGACAACAACGUUAAUUGGCGAGCAAAAUAAACUGGUGAGCUAUUUGAUGACAUGAUAUAAAAGCUUAGAAGCA